GUGGUGAUCGUGGUGGUGGUGGCCGUGGUGGUGGAAAUCUGCAUCAUCUGGUUCUUCUGUAGGACACACACACAAUAAUAAAUACGAAUUCUGUACACUUCUUUGUCCUCCCAUUCUCAUUCAUCAUCUUUAAUUUAAGUGAUCAUUUAAAAAAAUUAAAUAAAUAAUAUUAAUUAUUUAGCAUAAAUUUAUCUGUCUUUUGGGAGAACGAAUUGGGAAAAGGAUUGGUGAGUAUGAGGAAGAAGAAAUGGUUUAGUUUGUAUUCUGGAUUGGAAAAAUAAAAUAAACAAUUGAAAUUUUGAAAUUGUGACAAAGUUAAUUACUUUUGGAGGAGAGGACGGGACAGCUUAUCAGCCUACGGGGGACGUGGGGAUGUGUGCGUUAGUUUAAUUAAUUAAUUAAUUAAUUGUUUGACUCUAAAGAUAAUCUAAUUAUCUUGCAAAAAGAAUUAAAUACGGUGUGAAACAUAAUGACGAUGACACGUUAUGGCAGUGUGAACAAUAAUGGUGGGGCUGGUUUGAUGAGUGUGAGCAUGAGUGGGCGGAGUGGCGUGGGCGUUGGUGGGGUCGAGGGGAUGACGGCGACGACGACGAAUAUCUCCUCCACGGAAUCCCCCCUUUUGGAUAAGAUGCGUCGCCAACUGCGCUACUUUUUUAUGAACCCUCUCGAAAAGUGGGAGACGAGACGUCAGUUUCCUUACAAAUUGACGAUCCAACUAAUAAAAAUAUUCUUUGUGACGUUUCAGUUGUGCCUUUUUGCGAGUUAUCGCUACGCCAGUGUAAACUACACGUGGGACAAUAAGAUCACAUUUUCCCAUCUUUUUAUCAAGGAUUGGGACACUAGUCGUGAAAUUACGUCGUACCCCCCGACCACCGGACCGCUCGCGGUGUACACGAAGGCUGAUUUUUACUCAUACUUUGACCACGCCGUCCAUGCGUACAGUGCCAUCGAGGAGCUCGCGAUAGGACCGUACUUUUACCCCACCAAGAACAAUACCGUGGCGCCGAUGAAGCUUUGCAUAGAGAGAUACUCGAACGGGGUGAUUUUCGGGUUUAACGAAUCCUACGUGUACGACGGUCUGACGGAGAACAGUUGCAUCACGUUGCCACCAAGUGUGAUCUCGACGGGGGAGAAGUUUUCCCUGGAGGAAUUUCUAGCCAAGUAUAACGCCUCGAUUUCAUUCGACUCAUUGUUAGAAGGACAUUUGACCUUUGUCCUGAAAACCGUGCGGUUUCGGGAUCUAGGCCCGUUCAAAAGUCCGGAUUGUUUCCAGUUCGAUAUUGACAUUGUAUUUAACAAUCGGGACCACGACGGGCAAACUCUGGUGACGUUGGAGGCUCAACCGACGAGACUGAGGUGCAAGGGGGACGCGAAUUAUAUGGGUGAGCGGAAAGCGGACAAUAGACUGGAGCGGAUCGGGAGGAGUGGGGUGAACUACAUCGUGAUUGGAAUGUGCACCUUGUCGCUGGUCUUGUGUUGUAGGGCGAUCUAUAGGGCGCAGCUGCUAAAAGCGGACACGAUCUCCUUCUUUAAGCGCUACUUUGGCCAAGAUUUAACUGUGGAGGAUCGCCUGGAGUUUUUGAAUUUCUGGUAUCUGCUCAUAAUUGUGAACGAUAUUUUAAUCAUUGUCGGAUCCGCGUUGAAAGAGCAGAUUGAAAAUAAGGAGCUGACCGGAGAAGCGUGGAAUAUUUGCAGUUUGCUCCUUGGUGUAGGAAAUUUGCUAGUUUGGUUCGGCGUUUUGCGAUAUCUAGGUUUUUUCCGAACCUACAACGUCCUCAUUCUCACGAUGAAACGGGCCGCACCAAACGUGAUGCGUUUCCUGAUCUGUGCCAUCUUAAUCUAUGCGGGAUUCACGUUUUGCGGGUGGCUGAUUCUAGGACCGUAUCACAUCAAGUUCGCCACACUAUCGACCACAUCCGAAUGUCUAUUCGCCCUAAUCAACGGAGACGACAUGUUCGCCACAUUCGCCGGGAUGUCGUCCAAGUCCUCCCUGCUCUGGUGGUUUUGCCGCUUGUAUUUGUACACGUUCAUCUCGCUCUUCAUCUACGUGGUCCUCUCCCUCUUCAUCGCCCUCAUCAUGGACGCCUACGAAACGAUCAAGCUCUACUACCAGGAGGGCUUCCCCCGCACCGCGCUCCACGACUUUAUCACGGGGCCCGAGAGCGAGAACGAGAUGCUCAUCAGAAGGAUGAUGAUGACCCGGGGGACGGUCGGCGGAGGGGAUGAUGACGACCUCAUGGGCGGAGUAGGACCCCCCUCCCCGCCGUAUUCGAUUAAUACCACGUGCUGCCACCACAUGGGAGGAGGAGGCGGCUUACAGCACAGCAUGGGCGGGGGCGGAGGGGGAGGAGGAUGCUGCGGAUCGUCGCACCAUUCACACUCGAUCCUCCAACAAUCCCAUCGAGUCUUGUCGAGACAAUCGUCCACCACGGAGUUGACGGCGGGAGGGAUUCUAGACACGAUUGUGGAGAGGAUUUGUGGCUGUCAUACUAAUAAUAAUACUAAUAGCAGUGGGAUCGGAGAUGGAGCGGAGUUGGAGAGAUCGACCUCGGACGGGGAGGAGUCGCAACCCUUGCUGAAUGGGCUGAACGCGUAGCACAUACCGCCUCGAGCUUAGCACACCCCUCGGGGCCGCGCCCUCGUCCCCUGCCCGCAUACACAAAUACCCAGAUUUUUUUACCCGGCUGUGAUAUAGAAAAAUAAGCUUGUAAAUUAAGCUUGUACAGAGCAAGCUUCUCGUUCAUGUAGUUCUUUAGAUUUUCUUUUUUGUACGGAGAAAGAUGGACGAAAAAACGCUGUAUUUAUUAAAUAGCUGUCCAUCCUGACAAUAAUAAUAAUGGAAAUAAUAAUGAUGAUGAUGAUGAUUAAAACAUGAUGUGAAAUAGA